AUGACUGGAAUUUCGGGAUUCCUCCCCAGGAGAGACAAGCGAAGUAAAUCGAGAAAUGCAUUUCCAUCCAAGCGGCGAAUUCCAUUACGUUCUAAUGCUCCCAAGGCUGACCAAAAGCUUUUCGCGCCUUUGAAACUAUUCUCAGUGGAUAAAUCAGAUUUAAACCAUACUAUCGAUGUUGGGAAAGAGGAUUUAAAGAUUGAAGAGAUACAAAACCAACUGCUGAAGUUAGGGGUUACCGUUCUAGGAGAAUCGCAAAUACGAUAUGCUCUCCGGUCUGAAAUAUCUCAUGGUGAUGUAGACGAAGCAUUGGAAUUUCUUUUGCUCCUUGAAGAUUCCCUCCAUGGCGUUAUAAGUAGCUACAAUCCUUCCAUUAAGCUGCUUGGUGCUGAAAAUCGGAAUGGUGUUACAUGCUAUCUCGAUGCCUUGCUCUUCGCAAUGUUUGCACGUCUGGAUUCAUUUGAAGUUAUCUUACAUGACUCGUACGAUGAAGAGCAUGAGCCUCAGCAAAAUCUAUCCAUGCUUUUGCGGUUGUGGGUAAACUUGCUGCGGUCUGGGAAAUUGAUAACAAAGGACAUUACAAAGCAAGUCCAAGAUGCAUUAGCACAAUGUGGAUGGCAUGACGCGGCCCAAUCGCAGCAACAAGAUGUAUCUGAAGCUUUCACAUUUAUCACAGAACAACUUAAUCUUCCUUUGCUCACGUUGAAAAUGGACAUUUUUCAUACGGGGAAAGAAGAAGCAGGCAAUGAUCACAAGUACAUAAAUGAGCGACUACUACAGGUCGCAAUUCCGACAGAGACAGCUGAUAGCAAGUCAAUAACUUUGGAAGACUGUCUUGAAGCAUAUUUCAACAACCAAAUUGCUGUUAAAAGGUAUCUGGAUCGGAAAUAUACAGAAAUGUCGGUAUACUCGACAGAUUCAGUGACAAAGGACGGCUUGAUUUAUAUUGAGACAAGCGACCUGGAAACUUCGCCAACGUCCGAUUCCCCAAUUUCGAGGUCUUUCUCUGAAUCCACGAAAGUGACCGAUCCUCCUGUUUACAUGUCACAUACACCGUCACCAAUACAUUCGAAAGCACGCACGCGCUCAUCGAGCAUAAUAGUAAAUCGAUUCAUCCCCGAAGGCAAUUCCAAUGAAGAUGGGGACAACACCAAUGCGGUAACUCCCAAUAAGGGGCGGAGAGGGACCUUCCGCAAAGAGGUCCUGCUACCUGCUUGGCAGAUGUUUAGUUUAAUUCCCUGGUACACGGACAGUGUGCGGUGCCACGAUGCAGCAUCAGCAGUUGAUUUUUCUUCCAAAAGACCGAUUCUCGGAAUAUGUUUAAAACGAUACUCGGUGCUUCCUAAUGGAAAUACAGUCCGCCUAGACACCUUUGUUGAUAUCCCUAUCGAAAUUGGACUGCCGUAUUUCAUACAAGAUGAUGAGAUGGAAGAUGGUGGUCCAUUGUACAGGAAUUUCAAACUUUCCCUUCAAUCAGCCAUUUGCCACCGUGGAAACUCCAUUGAAUCUGGUCACUAUAUAGCUUUGGCCAGAGGCACCCCUUCCGAUAAUCACGAUGGUUCGAUGUCCUGUCGUCACUGGAUGCGAUUCGACGAUUUAACCGACGAAAGAAUCACAAUUGUCGAUAUAGAAAGUGCCAUACGUGAAGAGUCUCCAUAUCUUCUCUUCUACCAAAUAGUUCCUAUUGACAGUGAUAGUGAGUCGGCCUCCCGUGCGCGGCCGUCGAGUUCAUAUGGAGAACCAGGAAGUUUUGCAAAGGUAUCAUCUAAAUCAAGCCUGGAAGGAAUAAACUCCAUAACUUCUGUCGUUGACGGUGGUAGAGAGGCAAAAUCAAAUGGUGCAAGUCCGGAAACUAAUCUUAAUCAACGAUCUGACGCGAAUGCUCUGUCAGCUCUCAAUUCGACAAAGACUGUCCCCGAGAAUGGAAAGGAAGCAGCUAGCGGUGGUGAAGAGGCCAUAUGUAGUAUGUCUUCUUGUAGAAGCCUACCUAUCUUAAAAGAUUCCAGCUCAACAAGUCAGAACGAGCUAGAGCUGGGAAAUAAUGAUGUUCCUCAUUCUCAUUCAACUGCCAUGAAUGGCACAAUUAUCACCGUUGAACGUAUCCCGGAUGGCAAUUUCGAAGUGAACGGGGCCGAUAGUUUCGAUGGCGAGAAAAGAAAAAAGUCCAAACAUGCGAAAGUAUACAAGGAGAAUACACAAAAGGUACCGAAACACAAGAAUCAUCAUUCUCUCAAAAAACGAGGUGGAAAGCUGGAGAGGGAGUGUAUUGUUAUUUGA